AUGAGUACAAUUCGUGUUCUUGUCACUGGAGCCGCUGGCCAAAUUGGCUACUCACUUUCGCUGCAAAUCGCAAAGGGUGAUGUUUUCGGCAAGGAAACACCAAUCGUCUUGGUACUUUUGGAUAUUCCACAAAUGCAAAGUGCACUCGAGGGUGUUCAAUUUGAACUGUUGGACUGUGCUCUGGCCAACGUUAAAGUCGUGAGUACAAAUGAAAAGGAUGCCUUCCACGAUAUCGACUACGCGUUCCUUGUCGGUGCUAUGCCACGAAAACAAGGUAUGGAACGUAAGGAUCUCCUCUCGGCUAACGUCAAGAUCUUCAAAUCUCAAGGACAAGCUCUAGCCAACUUUGCUAAGCCAACCACGAAGGUAACACUGCAAAGUACUCGAACAAUGUUACGAAAUUUCUCCACUCAGAAAUUUCAUCACAUAACAUUGGCUACAACAAAAAACUUCUCUCUUUCUUCCAACAAUGACAUGCGAAUGAUUUCGCCAGAUGGAGUGGAGAGAAAUUCAUUUGUUUUUUGUGAAGUAACACAGUGA